GCCGGUUCUCGCUCAGUGUUCAUCUCCUAAUCAGGGGACAAGUUCGCUCAAGUUGACUCUGCAAUGUCCUGUUAUCCAGAUUACCUCUCUCCGAAUGUAACACCCCAGAAGUUCUCCAAAUCGCAAAAGUCGCGUGCGCGUCGUGAGCCGUCGGGUGUCUUUUCACUCUUUCAAGCACCACAAAUACAGCAAUUCAAAGAAGCAUUUCAACUGAUCGACCAUGACAAGGAUGGGUGGGUCAACGACCAGGAUUUACGGGAAAUAUUCACUAGUCUUGGUAUCACACCCUCGAAGACGAUGAUGGAUGCACUCCUUAGAGCUCGCCCAGGCACGGGGGGACAUGGAAAGGCGCUGUCGGUCAUCUCCUCAUAUGAUGAAUCCGUUGCUUCUGAUCGAGGAAUCAAUUUCACGAUGUUCCUUACUAUGAUGAGCGAGCGUCUCUUCGAGUUUGACCCAGAAGCAGAGUUAAUAGAGGCUUUUGAGUCUUUUGACGAAGGGGAUACUGGGAUGGUCAAAGUGGAAGAAUUGAGAAAGUGGCUAAGCGAAGCAGGCGAGAGAAUGGAUCAGCAUGAGAUCGACAAGUUUCUUAAAGGACCAUUUACUGACCGCCAGGGCAACUUUAAUUAUCGAGAGUGGGUCAAAGUACUCAGAGUUAACGAUGACAACGAAGAGCCAGAUCAACAAGUGUAAUUGUAUGGAAUUCUGAAUCUCUACCGGAUGUUAACAUGUAUAUAUCCAUAUAUCCUGUCUUUUACUGUUGCAGUUCGAAAGUGGGAUAUAUACAGUGUAAAUGAUUAAAGAGAUAUCAGGAGGAAAGAGUUCGUGAAGUACUAAAAUUUUAUUGUGCGGAUAUGAGUUUGGGCGAAAGCCCGAAGGCGGCUUUCCCCGCUAUGGUGGCCCGUCAAUGUAUAUAGAAAUCAAUUGUUUAUCUGACCGGUGGUAGGUUCAGGGUAUAACGUAUUAGUGCGGUGUGGGUUUCGGGGAUAGCUUGCAUGUAUGUCCUUUCACUUUCAUAACGUCAAAUGGUACCCCUCUCAAUAAAUAUUCGAGUGUAGCUCCAAUGCGUAUACUGUGUCCCGACAUUUUCUGUUGACCUCCGGCUUGGAGGGCUUUGUUGAUUGUCGUGAGGAAAGUCUUUCGGGUUAAUGGGACAGUGUUUGUUUUUUUCCCGCGUAGUUGCGUGUAUGCGAAAACAUGGUCGUUUGGGGAUAGUC